CUGGCCUCUAGAGAGAGAAGAGUUAUGUAGAGGGUCACAGUGAGCCUCUGAGGCUAGCAAAAUCCGUCAAGAAACGCAGGACCCAUGGAGUCAAGGACAGAACUUUGUCACACUAUUAAUAUAUACAUCAUGAUCAGCAAGUUAUGAUUUUUCAAAUGAUACCUCACGAGGCAUAUUUUGUACAAAGAUUAUUACAACAGUGUGUGUAGGGAGUGAAUGCAGGGGUACUUAGGGUCAGAGCUAGCACACUCAUCAGCUUUAAUGAUUGCCCAUAGACACACUUGAUGGCAGCCAUUAACACCUUGUAGCAUAACACCUGCCUUUUAAUGCUACAUCUCUGGCUGAACUUCCCCAGCUCUGCAUCUCUUAGCCCCGGAUUUUGGUGUUGGAUCUUUAGCUGAACCCUCUCGGAUCCUGCAGCACAGCUCUGGAUCUCCAGCUGGCCGCACUGGAUUAUGGUCCUGCAACUGGAAUUUGGCCCUCCACCUCUCAUUCAGCCUCAAGGAAUCAACAGCUCUUAAAUUCUCACAAGAGCUAAGGAAAUGGAUAGGACUCCCUGGUCCACAGAGGGCCACAUUCCUUAGGGGGGGAUUCGAAGGACUUGACUUCCUGAGGCCUUGUAAGACUGGAUGCUUGUUCUAAGCUGAAGUUCUGAUGAACUUUUAACUACAAAGACACCCCUGGGGAAGAGGUGAGCUUGAAAUCUUGGCAGUGUAUCUAGAAAUGAAGGAGGUGUGUGGGGGCUGGAACUUCCACUUGGAGAAGAAGAGAGCUGUAAAACUGAAGCAUUGGACAUAAAUGUACACUUUUCCUCCAUAAACUUGCUUAAUUCUAUGUUAGGCAGUGGGAAUUUCAUUUACAGUGUGCAGGAGCAUGACCCUUGGUAUGAACUGGAUCAGAAAGAAUAUACUCACUUCCUGUGUACACAAUCUGCACAGCCUGCAAGUAGACCUGAGAAGAUCGUUCACUGGAGCGUGGUCAGGUGUUGCCACUUAAAGCCUCAACUAUUGAACAAAGUGGAGAGUAAGAAAACCUAGUUCCUGUAAGUCUGUGGAGGGAAAAAACAAGAUGCCUAAGAUUGGAACAUGACUCCAAAGUUUGGAUGCUGCCAGACUUCAGGCUUUCUGAAAUAAGAAUCUUGCAUAAUGUUCUGAAAGUGAACCAAUCUGAAUUACAAGAGGGAACGAAUUUCACUUCUAGGGACCAUCUACAGAAACCGCCCACCCUCCCUCAUGAGUGCACAUUUAAAGGCUGUCAGCAAAAGCACCUCAGCUGAUCUGUAGGAUGGUGCACAUCAUCAGUAGAAAUUAGUCCAGAGGGACUUUUAUUCCCACUUCAAUUUAAAACACAAAAUGCUCAAAACAAAGAGGAUGAAGUAUUUAGUGAUCAUCUUUUCUGCUUCCCAGUGGAGGUCAAAAUUUACCUGGCUGAUUCAUAUUCGCUUUGUCUGAACCAUGCUAUAGAGGAAUAAACAUGAUGCCAAACAGAGGUAACCUCUCUUCCUUCCAGAGCAUUGCAUCAGAUUCCAGUAAGAUUAUGGCAGAAUACAGCCACAUACAAAACCAGCUGGAAUUACAAAAUACUAGUUUAGGGAAAAGCUCUGUGAUUAAUUCCUUUGAAAAUGAUCUCCAGGAUAUUAUGGAUAGCCUCAACCAGAAGAAAUAUUCAUCAAGCCUUAAAUUUAAAACAAAUGGGGACUCCUCUGGUUCCUAUUUAACCCUAUCACAACCUGUGCCAGCUAAACCCAGCCCUUCAUCUAGUGUUAAAAAUAUACAACCCGCUACCAAAAUUCAAGGAUGUAAACCCUUUUCUUGUGAGAGCCCUUAUCUUUCAGAUAAAAGUGUCUCUGUAAAGCAUAUGGGUUUCACUUCUCCAUCCUCUAGUGGGUACAGCCUGGGAAGGACAGACUUCGAUAUUCAUGCCAACAGAGAAAAUGAAAAACUCUUUGGACAUGUGGAUAAGUUUCACUAUUCAAAAUAUAGUCAAAAAAAUAAAUCGUAUGACAAUGUCUUCUUCCCAGCAGUGCUGGAUGGGAAGAAGAACUCAGGCUCUCUUCUUGCAAUGUGGAAUGGAAGCUCAGGUAGUGAAAUAAUUCUCUCACCUGUUAGCAGUUCAGGGGCUGCAAGCAUGCCUUCCAGCCCAAAACAAGGCAGGAGGAUGAAUAUUCAAGACCACCUAACCCUUCAUUCAAGACCAGUUAAGCAUAAGGAGACCAUGACUGAGACUCUGGGUUCAAGAACUAGGAAGUAUUCUGGUGGGUCACUGGGUCAUAUGGGAGUUUAUAGUCGUUCUCUGCCCAGGCUGUAUAAAUCGACAGAAAGCCAGCUGAUGCCAUUAAGUUUGCCUCCAAGAAACUCUCUUGGUAAUUCCAAAAGAAAAAAACACGGAGAAAAAGAUCUACCUCAAAGUGCAUUAGAUGCUGAUAAUUACCUUAAUUUUUCUUCUUGCAGCUCAGGGGUGUCACCAUAUACAAAUUCUGUGUCUGACAGUAAUUCCUAUGUUAGUUCAACUCUUAGUGUUCCUGCAAGCCCCCGAAUAGCUAGAAAAAUGCUUUUAGCAUCUUCCUUCUCCCAUGUUUCUGAUGAUUUUGAUAGAUUUGGACUCUCAGGGACAAGCCCCAGUAAUUCUUUUUCCCCUGUGGAUCUUGACAGAACGUUCUCUGUCAGAAGAAACAUUUCCACUAGUUCCAUGGAGUUUGAUGAAUCUGACCUGGAAAGCUUCAGACAGACACCUACCUUACGGGAGAGAAAAAACAGUAUUAGUUCAAUUUCUGGAAGAGAUGACCUAAUGGACUAUCACAGGAGACAAAGGGAAGAGAGGCUUAGAGAGCAGGAGAUGGAACGACUGGAGCGACAGCGGCUGGAGACCAUCCUCAAUUUAUGUGCUGAAUAUUCCAAGUCUGAUAGCGAUCCUGCUGCUGCUACCACUGUUGCUGAUGUUCAAAAAAUUAAUAAAGAACUUGAAAAACUUCAGCUGUCAGAUGAAGAUUCUGUAUUUGAAGAUUCUCAAAUGAAUCCAGAAGCAAGAUUUAGAAACCACUUGAAAUCAUCAGCAAGUGAUUCUGAUUUCUCAGAGUGUAGUAAUCUCAAUCGAAGUGCUGCCACUUUACUUUCCUCUAGAGGGAUUAGAGCUGAUGAACACUUCAGUGACAAUAUGAAGACUCCAGCUUUAGCUUCUUCUGCCUUCUUGAAGGGUUCUAAUGAGUCUUCGUACCUAAGUAUCAUACCCAAGACACCAGAAUGCACAAGUGAUGAGCAAAGAGGGCAGGAGCUUGGUCGGCUGGAGGAAGAACACAUAACAAUACUAAAUAACUUAGAGGAACUUGAACAGAAGAUCAAAGAGUUAAAUGACCAGAUGGAUGAAUCUUCAAGAGAGGUAUCAAGAAAUGAGCUGGAUAUGGAAUGUGCUCUUUUGGAUGGGGAACAGAAAUCUGAAACAACUGAACUUCUGAAAGAGAAGGAAAUAUUGGACCAUCUGAACAGGAAAAUAGCUGAGCUGGAGAGAAAUGUUAUUGGUGAAAAGACAAAGGAAAAAAUAAAGCUUGAUGCUGAAAGGGAAAAACUAGAGAGGCUUCAGGAGCUUUACUCCGAACAGAAGACCCAGCUUGAUAAUUGCCCUGAAUCCAUGAGGGAACAGUUACAGCAGCAGCUGAAGAGGGAUGCUGAUCUGUUGGAUGUAGAAAGCAAACACUUUGAAGAUCUGGAGUUUCAGCAACUUGAACAUGAGAGCAGGUUAGAUGAGGAGAAAGAGAACCUGACACAGCAGCUCCUGCGUGAAGUAGCUGAAUAUCAGCGCAGCAUUGUCAGUAGAAAGGAGAAGAUUUCUGCUCUCAAAAAGCAAGCCAAUCAUAUCGUCCAGCAGUCGCAGAGGGAACAAGAUCAUUUUGUAAAAGAGAAGAAUAACUUAAUAAUGAUGCUGCAAAGAGAAAAAGAGAAUCUUUGUAAUCUGGAAAAGAAAUACUCUGGACUUUCUGGAGGAAAAGGAUUUCCUGUCAGUCCUAGCAGUCUAAAAGAGGGUUAUAUCAGUGUAAGUGAAAUUAGUGAGCUGUAUGGCAAUUCCACGAAUAGAUCCCCUUCCACUCAGCCCCCCACAGAUGCUGACGCUGUUGUCACUGAGCCUUCCACGGCUGUGCUGGCGAGCCAGCCACAAAAUAAAGAGCUAAGAUCAUCUCUCUGUUCUGGAUUUGUGUUUCCUCACUCUCUUUCUCCUCGCUCUAUUGCUCAACUUCCAUCAGUCCAUUGGCCUGAGGUCAUGGUUACACAUGUAGAUCCUUUUCCUUUAUCUGAUACACCUCCUCCUCUCCCAGCUAAGAAACACCGCAGGCAACAACAGCACUUUAGAAAUCUGGAAGAAAGAAAGAAACAGCACAAGGAGGGCACGUAUUUGAGUGAUACUCUACCCCGCAAGAAAACCACUCCUUCUGUAUCGCCACACUUCAGUAGCGCUACUCUCGGACGAAAUGUUACUCCUAAAGGUCAUUUACCACUAGGACAGAGCAACAGCUGUGGCAGUGUACUUCCUCACUGUCUGGCAACCAUAACCAAAGAGUCCGAAUCAAGAAGAAUGCAUAAAGGAAAAUCCAAAAAAGGAGCAAUUAAUCAUUCCAAAGGUACAAGUAUUAAAGGGUAUAAUCAUCAACACAUAUGUGAAGAACAAAGGCAGAAAUCUCCUGAAUUCUACAGCAGAACUGCAUCUGAAUCUAAUGUGUAUCUGAAUAGUUUCCAUUAUCCUGAUCAUAGCUACAAGGACUAUGCAUUUGAUACAUUAAGCUUAGACAGUUCUGACAGUAUGGAGACCAGCAUAUCUGCGUGCUCCCCUGAUAAUAUUUCCAGUGCCAGCACUUCAAAUGUUGCCAGAAUAGAAGAGAUGGAGAGACUUCUGAAACAAGCUCAUGCUGAAAAGACACGACUGCUUGAAUUCAGGGAACGGGAAAUGGAAGCCAAAAAACGAGCCCUGGAAGAAGAAAAGCGUCGCAGAGAGCAACUAGAAAAAAGAUUACAAGAAGAAACUAGCCAGCGGCAAAAAUUAAUUGAAAAGGAAGUCAAGAUACGUGAGAAACAAAGAGCACAGGCCCGCCCCUUGACUCGCUACUUGCCGAUCAGAAAGGAAGACUUCGACCUACGAGGUCACAUCGAAACAGCUGGUCACAACAUAGAGACCUGUUACCACAUCUCACUCACAGAGAAGACCUGUCGAGGCUUUCUGAUUAAAAUGGGAGGGAAAAUUAAAACAUGGAAAAAACGGUGGUUUGUUUUUGAUAGAAGCAAGAGAACAUUUUCUUAUUAUGCAGACAAGCAUGAAACUAAAUUAAAAGGAGUAAUAUAUUUCCAAGCCAUUGAAGAAGUCUAUUAUGAUCAUCUAAAGAAUGCAUAUAAGAGUCCUAACCCAUUACUCACUUUCAGUGUUAAGACUCAUGACCGAAUAUAUUACAUGGUUGCUCCAACGCCAGAAGCCAUGAGGAUAUGGAUGGAUGUUAUAGUUACAGGAGCAGAAGGCUACACCCACUUCAUGUUAUAAUAAAAUGGUGCAAGAGUUCAUUCACAAGGCGUAUUGCAAUAACCCUAUACAUGAAUUUAGCCAUAUGCAAGUGAAUUUGAAAAGCCAUAUACAAUAUUGAUAACUGUCACAAGUAUUCUCCCUAUGAGGUGCACACAAACUCUCAAAAUCAAAAGAUUUUAUACACACAAGUGAAAGUAAGAUUAUUUGCUUCUUUUAGUUGAUCAUUAUAGUAGCAAAAGAACUAAAGCUAUUGAAAGUGUCAUAGUGUUCUAUCAUGAGUAAUCAAGUCAACUUAAGUAUGGUAUAUUGAUUCAAUAGUAAUUUCUUACAAAUUCUAUAUAGAAGAUGUCUUCAUAAAUACAAACUAAACAGUUUACAGAAUUGUUUGUGUGUGCUCAUUGGUAUGCAAACAUUUUAGUAACAGAACAGUAUAAUAGCAUAUAUUUUUAAUAUGCAGUAUUUGACAUUUAUAGGUAACUAGAUGGCUUUUUAAAAUUUGUACUUAUAUGUAUUUUAUAAAAAUAUAUAUAUAUAUGAAAAAACCCAAACACACCAGCCUACAAUACAUGUAGUUCUUGUCUUAGUAUUUUAAAAUACUACAGAGCCAAAGAAUGAACUCAAAUUGUGAGCUGCGCUUUAGCUUUGUGUAAUGGAACAAUGCCAAAAUUCUUCCUAAAUUUUAAUAUAAUUCAAUUGUUACAGUAUUCUGUACAUUUAAAUUACCAGUUGCAUAAACUGUAUGUGUCAAGUUAUUUACAUAAAGCACAACAAAGAAGCAAUAGCUUCACAAAGAUGGUCUCUCUCACAAGGUAAAACUGAAUGGAGACAAGAGUAUCUAACUUAACUUUGCCAUAAGUUUUCUGCAAUCUCUCUGCAGGAGGCAUUGAACUGAUUCUCUGGCUGGUUCCUGUAGCAAUUUCUGUUGUAUGGAGUUCAGUCUUGCCAUAGAUAUGAUUCUAGUCUAAAGCUAACGUGCUGAAAUCAAUGGGUAAAAUCUUUGCCCAAUUGAAGUCUGCAUGAAAACUCCCAUUGACCUCAGCCAGUGAGACUGUUCAAAGUAUACACUGGCCUAGAAUUUCACCGUAUGAUAGGGUAGAGCACAAAGAAAGGCAAGUUGUGAGAACGCAUACUAAAACAGUAUUAUAAAUAAAAACUUUUAAGUAGCAAACAUGGCAAAGACCUAUUUUUUCAUGUAUGCUCCUUGUAAAUGUUCUCCCUUUUAAAAACUGCUUUCUAGCCCUUGACGAUUAUAUAAAAAUAAAU